AUGAGCAGUUCCAGGGGAUCACCUGUAUCUACAAUAACUGAGAACACAUCUGUUGAGAACACUAGGGCCUUGAAGUGUGAAGAACAUGACACAGCGCAGCAUAUUCGUGCGGGACACUCGGUCCCUCUUCCCUCUCGUCCUGCGGAGCCCAGAACCGAUGUAUCGUUUGCUGGAACGGUAAUGGAUGCUGCCAAAAAGCCACAAUACCUUUCCAGAAUGUCGCAGUAUCUCCUCAAGGAACUGGAUCCUAGACGUGCAGAUAUUAUUCUCGUUCUGUGUGGUUUCGUUGGUGGCCUAGUCGACGGCCUGUCUUUCAAUGCUUGGGGUAGUUUCUCGAGUAUGCAAACAGGGAACACCGUCUUUAUUGCCUUGGGUGUAUCCGGUCAACCAGAAUACCCGGCUUUUCUGUGGGCGAAAUCCCUCAUCGCUUUAACUGUUUUCCUCUCGAGCAAUGUCUUCUUCAACCACCUAGGCCGCGCACUUAACCCACUACGACGAUCUACAUUAAUUCUUUCAUUCGGAAUACAGACCGCUGCUCUUAUUGUUGCAGCAAGCGUGGUACAGGCUGGGAUCGUCAGCCCCAAACCAGAAAACCCCCGGGCCCCCAUUCAGUGGAAUCAAAUCAUACCUAUCACGCUUCUUGCUUUCCAGGCGGCAGGUCAGAUUGUGGCAUCGCGCCUGUUGGCCUUUGACGAGAUCCCAACUGUUGUCCUCACCACUCUUUUAUGUGAUCUUUUGGUCGAUACGGAUCUCUACACAAGGCCGUGGUCGGCAAACCCCAAGAGAAACAGGAGAAUUGCGGCUUUCUUGGCGCUGUUCCUUGGAGCCAUGACCGCAGGUGGUCUUUCAAAGACGACAUACAUGGCAAGUAGUUUGUGGCUUGCAGUUGCUUUGAAGGGCUCUAUUACACUGUCUUGGUUUUUAUGGAGAGAAACAUCUGGUCCUGGAAGGCCGAAAAGGGGCUCUGAUGGAAGUCCCGUCUAG